GUCCGAUGGGGCACACAAAGAAGAAAUUGCGGAAGUCCGUCUUCCAAACAGAUUCCUUUUGGGCAUACCAAAGCCAACUAGAUCGUUUCUUACCAUUAGAACGAGGUCAAUCUUGGCCUGACUAUUACUCAAUACGAUAAUGGGCACCAGAGAUGACGAGUAUGAUUAUUUGUUCAAAGUGGUCCUUAUUGGUGACUCGGGUGUGGGAAAGAGUAACCUGCUAUCACGUUUCACUCGCAAUGAGUUCAACCUGGAAAGUAAGAGUACCAUUGGAGUCGAAUUCGCCACACGCAGCAUUCAGGUGGAUGGGAAAACGGUGAAGGCCCAGAUCUGGGAUACAGCUGGACAGGAGCGCUACCGUGCCAUCACUUCAGCGUACUACCGCGGUGCAGUCGGCGCUCUCCUGGUCUAUGACAUUGCCAAGCAUCUGACUUACGAGAAUGUGGAGCGCUGGCUGAAGGAGCUGAGAGAUCACGCUGACAGCAACAUCGUUAUCAUGCUGGUGGGCAACAAGAGCGACCUGCGCCACCUCCGGGCUGUUCCAACCGACGAGGCCCGGGCUUUUGCUGAGAAAAACGGUUUAUCUUUUCUGGAGACAUCAGCUCUGGAUUCCACUAAUGUUGAGACUGCCUUCCAGACCAUUCUCACAGAGAUCUACCGCAUCGUGUCCCAAAAGCAGAUGUCGGAGCGGCAGGAGAGUGACAUGUCUCCCAGCAACAAUGUGGUCAACAUCCAAGUGCAGCCCACUGAGAACAAACCAAAGAUGCAGUGCUGUCAGAACAUCUAGCUUGGCCCUGGCACUUCCCACCCCCUGCUUCCAAAACCUCAAUCCCGUCCCCCUUCUUCCAUUCUCCAUAGUCCCUUCAGGGCUCCAGGGCUGAACUCGCCACUACUUUUAACCGAUCUGUCACCCUCAUUCACAUCCCCUCAACCCCAACUCCGCCCACCCACCCGUUAAUAUGUCUCAGUACAGUAUAGAAAGUUACAGCGUGAGACUCCUUCCUCGCCCCAAGCUGAGCCACUCUGUCUGUAGGCUCAUAAGGACGGAAGGCUGCAGCCAUUUCAUAUCACUUUAGAUUUCAUUCCUGUUGUUGCGCUGACAUGUCACACACACCAAAAAAAUGUCUUAAUAUAUAUAUGAAUGUGAUUUCUUUCCCUCUCAUGUCUUUAUACUUUGUGCCCCUCUUGAUUUUUUGGAUCUUUUUGUCUAUUGUAUCAAAUAUCAACUCCUCGUAUAUAUAUGAAUAUAAAGCACAUGGAAGUUGCUCUGAAGUUUAGUCCUCUUAAAUGAGCUCCUGUCAUUGUCUGCUCCCCUCUUUGCCACUUAGCGCAAUGUACCAUUUAAGAAACCACAUGCAGGAGUGUCAUGACUUUUGAUCCCAUUGCUGUGAACAUGACGCUAGUGAAAUGUAGAGCCGUCAGUCCUGCUAAUGCUGUGGAGAGGACGGGCUCGCCUCAAGCGUGUGGCCUCCUCAUGGGCCGGCCGUUACCAUCUCGUUUACAAAAGAAAGCAGGUUGGGGGUAGCUUUGCAUGUCUUUGAAAAGAUGGCCAUAUGCUGUGCUGCAUGUUUUAUUCGGCGAGAGACUCUGGGCUUUGCUGUGGAACGUGGCAGUCGCCUAGAAGGUGCGCCACCUUGAAAGUGCAACAUGUUCAUCGGUUGUCCUUCGUCAUAGAGGCACUCAUACUUGUGGGGUAGGGAACUUCUGCUUCGCGUUGAGGAACAGAGCUUACAUCGGUCUCACAAUUAACAACUAUGCAGGAACGAGCGCGCAGCUGUCCCGAUGUGUUUUUCUUGGUGCACAAGUUGAAAGCUUUUAAUUGACAUUGAGAGAAGCUAGCGACAUUUCUCCGUGGUUCUCGAUGCAUGUGACCACUGUUUGACUUUUGCUUGGUUAACCUUAUAAUUGUUUUUGUAUUUUUGUUUUUUUUUGCACUGAACAUUAUUAGCUAGCCUAAAGCCUAAGCCUAGGCUAGUUUUCACAUCAUUUCUCUCAGAAGAAAUGUUUUGGGUUUUUUUUUUUUGGAGGGGAAGGGGGCCGUGGGGGGGGGGUGUAACUCCACAUCUGAGUCUUAACAACUUAAUCCUGAAUUGCUUGGUCAAAAAUAGUCCCGGUCAAAGAGUUUGAGUACAUGAAGUCAAUGAUGCUUAACGGAAAUGAUAUGAGGAUUCAUCCACUUUCUUGGCUGUUGUUUUCUGGUCACAGUGCCUCCUUCACCAUUCACCUUUGCACCCCCCUCCUCUAACACUCUCAUAAGUGGUCCGUCCUGUCAAGGAAUUUUCCCUGUCACAUGAAGCCUACUUUACACCAAGCUGCCUCGGACUUAAACACAAUGCAUGGCUUUUUGGUGGGACUCCACGUUAACCGCAUUUGGUUGCUGACAUCAAUGUCCAUCAAAUCAGCUUUGGUGUAUGAGGAUGACAAGCUGAGAAGUGUCACUCCAGUACUUCAGAGUGUUCAUUCAGCUUCUAGUCAUGUCCAACGUUGUGAUGGGUGUGGCAGGCAUAUGCACGACCCGCACUUGGUGGAUGUGUACGUGUGUGUGUGUGUGUCGAGGCAGAGAAUGGAUGGAUGGGUAGUUCUGGAGUGUCUGAGCCUGGCUGGCAGUACCAAUGGCGUUUCCUCGAACAGACGGCGCCGCCAACCAAGCGUCUCCAUAAUCGUAGAAUGGCAAUCUAAUGAUGAGUCAAGGUAAUUUCUUUCAGAAAAAAAAAAUCAUAAUCCAUUGUUUUGUGUCUUUUGAUUCAGUCUUUUUUUUUAUUUGUCAUUUUUUUAAUGUUUUGAAAUUCAUAAACUGACUGUAAUUCCAGUGUAAGAGUGAAAUGAUGUCAUUUCAAUUAUUAUGAAGGGUUAAAUGUGAUAGGGGGCUCGUAAUGGUUUUAUGUUUUGUACAGAUUGAUAAAAUUGUACAAUUGUGUUUAUCUUAAGUUAUCAGCUCAUCGUAAUAAAGCGCACCAGUCAUAAA